AUGCGAUUCUGUUUGAUUAUUCUCGUUGUUCUUCUUAUUGGCUUAGCAAAUGCACGGCCUCAGUCAUCAGAACUGUCUCAUCAAUUACGUCGAUUACUCAAGACAUAUGAACGUCAACUUGUCAAUAGAGAAGAAUCUUCUUCUCAUAAUAACUAUGAUUCAAUGCGGUCAUAUGUUCGAAAAUCGUCGAAUACUCCUCCAGUAACUUCUUAUCAAGUACUUCCAAUCCUAGAUGAUUUCACAGCACUUACAAGUCAAUAUACACAAUUAGGAAGUCAAGGAUAUAGUGAUGCUGGUUCUGUAUAUAGCAGUGAUUACUCAACAGGAGGAAACGUUUUUGUUCAAAUCCAGAAAUCAUCUACAUUGUAUGACUAUCACUUCAUUCCGCGAGUCACUGCAGUACAAGACUUUUUAGGCAUUCUUAAUAAAGAAGGUGCUUCUGGCUAUCGAAUCUUGAUCACUAAGUAUACUACUUCAGGUCCUUAUUAUAUACUUGUGAGAAACAAAGCACGACCAAACGCUGCUUAUCAAUGUCAAACACCACCAAAAUCAAGCAAUCCCGAUGAUUUCGUUCAGCAAGUUAAGACACAAGGAGCUAACGGAUAUAAACUUUAUGGCUUUGGUCCUCAGAAUACCAUACUCUAUUGUAAAGAUACAUCACUAUCAUCAACAUUUGAAUAUGUGACAACACCUUUUGCCAAUUUUUCAGCUGAUUUUGAGUCACAAGUAAAUGAACUUGGUGCAAAAGGUUAUCGAUAUUCUCGUAUUAUAUACUUUGCGCCGGUUUUUGUUCCACUUUACUAUAAAGAUUCAAGCCUUCCUGAUGUCAAAUAUAGUUAUAAGGUUAUACAGCAAUCUGACGCAUGGGAAGAUUUCCCUCAACAAUUAAAUGAACAAGGACAAGAAGGUUUUCUUUAUCUUGGCACAACUCAAUUCUAUUAUGAAGAAUAUAGCGUUCAAAUCUAUAUGGAUUUGAAUAAAUGUCAAUGUGUAGACUCUGAAACAGAUUAUUCUUACUAA